AUGAAUAAAAUAUCAACCGAGAUAUCAUCGGGCGCUCCAAUGGCUUCAGCAACGACGCCACCUGAACGGCGUGCUCUAAGCGAAGUAAUGCACAGUACAAAACGAUCAGGCGGUAAUUAUGGUAGCUUGGCUAAAUCACAAUCACAAUUACAACCUAAAUUCUAUAUUUGUCAUAAAGUUCAAUCAGAUGAUACUAUGCAAAGGCUUUCAUUAAAAUAUAGCAUCCACAUUCAAGAGAUCAAAAGAGUCAAUAAAUUAUGGUCAGAUGCUGAAUUAAGUUUACUUGAAAAUGUAUAUAUUCCUGUCAACUCGUCUCAAUUAUCGACACUACGAACCUUAUAUCCGACAUUAAACAUUGUUCAAAAUCCAUCACCAGCGACUAAUCUUCCUAGAAAAACUUCAACCAGUGCAAUUGCAACAGACGAACCGAUGUCAUCUAUCCGAAGAUCCGAUAGUUCAACUUCUACGCCAACAAUGACAACGAUUACUUCUUCAUAUGAAGAUUAUUUUUCAAAGAUUGAUCGACAAAUCCAAACAUCAAAACAAUCAUUGCAAUCUUUUGAUGUCGACAAACAACGUUCAAAAACUCAAUCAAAUGAUAUUAAUUCUUCAUCUCUUGUAUCUAAUAAUGAUAAUAACAGCAAUAGUGAUGAAUCAAACUCUUCUCAAAAUGGUCGUACAACUCUUUGGAAUAAUGGACGACAUAAAGGUAUUCAUCAUCUAUCAGAUAAUAGUGUAUUCGUCAAUAUAACAACAACUAAUACACGUGAAAAGCAUGUUUCAGCUGCACUUGAACGAAUUCGAAAAGAAAGAGAUGAUUUCGAUGAAUUGUAA